CCCCGCCGCCAUCUUGGGGGGAGCUGCGCGUGCGCGGAGCGGCGCGUGCGCGGUGUAGCGUGGGAGCAGGAGCGAUGGGGCCGGGGCAGAACAGCAUUGUGCGGGUUGAAUGGAUUGCUGCAGUCUCCUUAGCUGCUGGAGCAGCUGCUGUUGGGUAUCUAGCUUACAAAAAAUUUCUCUCUAAAGACAAAUGCUGCAAAGCAAUGGUGAAUCCCCAUAUCCAGAAGGAUAACCCCAAGGUAGUCCAUGCGUUUGACAUGGAAGAUCUGGGAGACAAGGCUGUGUACUGUCGUUGUUGGAGGUCUAAGAAGUUCCCACUUUGUGAUGGCUCUCACACAAAGCACAACGAGGAAACUGGCGACAACGUUGGGCCUCUGAUCAUCAAGAGGAAGGAGGCGUAGAGUGGACAGUAGAAGCUACAAAAUGAAUGUCUGACAAAUCCUCUGCUCACUUGUAAUUGGGGGAAAAAAAUCCCACAAAUCCUUUGUCGUGUCACUGAAGACUUCCCAAUGUAGUAUAUACAUUAGGCUUCAGCAUGUGUAUUUUCUCUGGUGCUUGUUGUCCUUCAAUCACUACAAUGCAUAAUUUACUAAAUAGUCAUGGUUUAAAUUUUUGGUCCUGUAAAGUGUGUGUACCCCUCUCACUGAGUAUGAAACUAAAAUGACGCACAGAAUGUACUUCAUUGGGAAAUGGGUAUUAAAUUAUUUUCAAAUACGUGUAUAUCGAAAGGUAGAUCCUAAAAUCUUGGAGAGGUUCUAAAGUCGCAAAGCUGGGUAGAUUUCCAUGUAAAAGGCAGUGGCAGGGAAGAAAUCAUGGUCUCAAAAUGCAGCUUAAUCUCUGAUUAUGCUGCAUUUUCUGCAGGUGUCAUGUUUGGCCUGUUACACUACUGUGCUGUGUGGCUUCCGUAGAAGAAUGAAUUCAAAAUUGCUGGCUAUGAACAGGCAACAGAAAAGGCUGAUAGCAAGAUUGGGUUAGAGGGCAACUUUACCUUUGAUUUUACAGCAGUAUUGAAACUUGACCCUACUUCCAUAUGGUAUCAAGAACAUAUUAUCCAAACCUGUAUUUAGAAUAGGAUUAGGAAAAUGGUCUCUGCGAGAGCUUUCUUAAUAGACUAGGGAAUGACACAAAGUGCACUAAGGAGGGUGGACAGGGGGUGGCAGGGCUGUCUUUGCUGCCAGAAAACCUUAGUUUCACCUGCAGUCUCAGAGUGAAACCAACUUCCCCAGACCACAGGACACUUCUGUGGGGAGGCUAUGCCAAUUGAUUCCAGAAUCUAAAAAAAAAAACUAAACCCCCACACAUCAUCACAGUCUGCUUCACCAUAAGUCUGGCCAUGGUGAAGCUCUCCAGAGCUGGAGAGCUCUUCCCGCUGUGGAGGGAGGAGGCAUACCUUUCUUACUAUGUGGCCUUAGGCUCUAUGUGUCUUAAAUAACUCCUGCCUCCCUGGGCUGUUAAUGUGGUUUAGCUGAUUUUGCCAAAAAAAACCUGGCAUGGACAAGGAAAGGCUUUGGGAACAGAUGGAAACAGAAAAGGAAGGAAGGAAAAGACAGAGCUCUUACCCUCCUUUCCUAUGGCACUUGUCUACUUGUCUGGCAUGGUUGCAUUAAUGGCUGUCAUGUUGGUUUCCUUAAAUUAAAUAGCUUUGAUUUAUUAACAUGAAAAUGACUACAAAGCAAAACCCAAAGAGUGGGGUGGCAGAAUGCAGUUUUUUAAUAAACCCAGUCUGUUUAACUGCGGCCUUUGCAAGACUGAGCACUUGAUGUCCUGGGACAGAAACUACCUCAGGGCUGGAUGAAAGGCCUUGCUAAGAAGCUGACAUUUUAACCUGCACCCUUAAGGGUUCUUCAGACGAUUGGAGCAGUAAAGGUUUUGUCUUUUUUUUUUAAGGGUUGUUGGUAUGACUGGUUAAUACUGAGGAUGAUGUUUUGCAUAUUCUCGAUGUGAAGCUUUCAGAGGCUGAGGUCUUGGCCAGCUGGUCUGAACAGAAGGCUCAAAAAGUAGAAAAGGUGGCAUAGGUAGAGAAAGGAUUUGUAGGUGGAGUAUUGUAGUAGGGGCACCUCUACUUGAAGUUGCAGUCAAAUAUGUUAGUUUGUCUUUUCUGCCUGUCUUGAGUGUAAAGGUACUGGAUAUUUUUUUUACUUGGCCAAGUACCAAUGCAUAUGGAGAGUUGUUUUAACCUUAAAUUAUUGAAUACCUUGCUUUUAUCCAAAGCAAAGUAACUUCUGUAUUAUUAUGACACUGAAUAUUUCUGUAUUUUUGUCAAAUACACAUUUGAGCUCAUCUUAAUCUCGAGGCUGUAAUGUCUGUGUUCUCAUGGGUGUCCAUUCUUUCAAUGGAGUUACACUGAGUAGUGCUGUACACCAGUGCUGCUGUAGUCAUAAACCCGUGUCUGGGGUGGGUUUUCCUUUUGAGGCUCCUUUUUCUGUCAGCAGCAAAGCCUGGCUGCAUCCGAAGGAAUAGAAGUUCACUGAAAAACUGCAUUAAUGGUCUGAGAGAUGAAGUCUUGUAGUUUCAGAUGAGUCUCCCGAGUCAAAACUAUUUCCUGGAGUUUGGGCAUCAAGGAAGUGGGCCCCAUGGGAAGUUUUUAUUCCUGGGAAGCAAAGUUGUAGAAGCUGAGUCUGUGUUGACUUACAUCCUGGUGACUUUUGUUUUGGGUGUCACAUUUUUGAAUGUUGAUUUGAAGUGGUCAGAUGUUAUUUUGAGGUAUGUACAAUUUCCUGUACUGUACCUAAAAGUUCUCAUUAUGUAUGUGAGCUGUUUGAACAUGAUAAUGAGAAGAGAUACUUGGAUUUGAGUAAACAAACUUGCCAGCAGUCUCGAUGAGCAUCACAGAGCACACUUCAUUUUUUCCCUUAGUACCAUAAUAGGGUACCAUGUUCUGAUGGGCUGAGUGCUUGCCUGUCCCGGUGUUUUCUGAAAUUUCUUCUGUGCUUUCCUCACAUAAUCUCUGGAGUAUGAAGUGAGUUGGUUACCUUUCUACAAAGUUUUAACCAUUUAAAAAAUUCUGCACAUGUGCAAUUUUGACCUUACAUUGAAACUCCUAUUGGAAACGUGGUACAAAUCCUCUUGAAAACAGUGAAGAAUUCCUCCCCCAGAGUAAAACUUUCUGUUCCUCAACAUGUAAGUGGUUCUUGGGAAGGUGAACAAAUUAAAAUACCAAUUCUUGAGUAA